GUAAUUUCAAAACCGGAUGCGCAAACUCAGUUGUUACGGAGCGGCGUUAACAUACCAUAAACCAUCAAUGCGACUUUGUUUUUAGCACUAGUCUGGAUAUAACUGAGAGAAGAAAGUAAAACGAAAUUCUAAUAAACAUGGAAGAAGGGGAGACUGUGUCGAUACUGUCCAGGAAAGAGUUGCGUAAGCAGAAGCUGAUGGAAUACCUGGCAGCAAAAGGAAAGCUGAAGCAGCCCAACCCUAAGUCAUAUCUCCGUGAUGACUGUCAGAUGAGGAAGCCUGUGAUGUCUGCACGCAAGGUUGAUGCAGGAAAGGAGAACAAGCCUCCACCUAACAGGUGUAGCUAUGAAUGUCCAAAGGUUCCAACUCUGGUUGCUAAGUCCACGGUACACCCUGCCAAAGGAGUAUUCAGUGUUAAUGAUAGAGUGAAGGUAAAAGGCAGCUUCCUAACUGGACAGCAAAAUACCAACUGUGCCUCUGCAAAUGGUGGCCCAGCACAGCUAAAACUUAAUCAAAACCCUGUGCUCACAAGAAGGUACACCGUUGCGUCCUCCAACCUGAAGGCAGGUAGCCAUCUCAAAAAGCAGCCAGACUCAGGAAUACAGACUUCAGGCAGAGCUUCUUCAAAUGCAACUCGUACAGCUGUGACAAAAUCAAACAAUAGAUUCAACAGUGGCUCAAAUGCUGCAUGGUCAUGUCCAAUUGAUACAGCUAGUGUCAGGAUGAGUCUUGGUCCUAUUGUAAAAACAAGAACAGGGCUCAUUCCUGCAGUCACACAGCCAAGAAAUGGUCAAAUUCAAAACAAAACACGCACCUCUGCCACAGCAGUUGAUACCACUGCCAUGACUUCUGUUUCCAACAAGGCGCGAUCCAACACCUUUUCAGCAGUCUCUGUGUCCAAGAGGUCUUCCUUGGCUCAGAGGAAAACGUUACCUUCCACAGUUCUAAACAGUCAAGUCAAUGAGAGAAUAACUGGUUCUUUGAGUGCAAGAGCAGGGAAUAAAGUUCAAGAUCAGAACAUGUCUAACUCUAAACUACGCUUUGGUAAACAGCCUCAGCCAUCUUGUAAAAGUCAGCUAUCAGGUAGACUGAAAUCAAUAUCCACCUCCACCAAGUGCACAGCAGAAACUGUUAAGCCAGAGGGGAGAGUGGGCAAGUCUGGAACUAAUAAAUUAGAUGGACAAUCCGCAGACAGAUCCACAAAGCAGAGAUCUGAGCAUGAAGGGAAGAAAAAUGGAAAGCAUUGGAAAGUUGCCCCCCAAAAACCUUCUGCUUCAGAGAGCAGGUGCAGUUCCAAAGCAAUGAGCAGGGUUAUGGGAGCUGCUGUGGCUGAGCUGGGAGGGAAAUCCAAAACAUGUAAAGAGACAGAUGGUGAGAAAGGACACAAUUCAGCGAAAGCCCCACCACUACAAACUGGUAUAAAGAGAACAGGUGCUCCAGUGAUGUCACAGACGGAACCACGGCCUGUCAGAACCGUCAACCAUACAGGCCAGACCACAGACAUGAAGAAGACAAAGAUCCCAGUCAGAGUCAUUCCCCAGACGGAGGGAAAGAAACGGACCGCUGCCCAGGAGGAGCGAAUGAAAAGAUUACAGGAAUGGCGGGAAUCCAAGGGUAUUUCCUACAAGCGCCCCCCAAUGCCAGUAAAACCACAGGUCAGGCGCACUGUGUCCGUUCUCCAGCCUUUCUGGGACACCAUGAAAGAGGAAGAUGAGGCUCACUCCCUCAUCUGUGCCAUGGACAGAUCCCUGGCUGAUUGCAUCAAAUUGCUUAGAGAGGGUUGCUCUCCAGACCGUGUGAAGGCGGUUCUGUCUCGGCUACCAGCUGUGUCCCAGAAGUUUGCCAAAUACUGGAUCUGUCAGGCUCGCCUCAUGGAGCAAGAGGGCAACCUGGAUGUCCUGCCAAUGUUUGAAAAGGCCGUUGGUGUUGUGUUGGAGCCAGUGGACGAACUGCGGACUGUGGUGUUUGAGAUUCUGAAGAAAAGGGACGAGACCCAAGAUUUUCAUGUUUUUGCAUGUAACAAAAAUGAAAAAGAAAAGGACCAGAGUCCAGCAGCUGAACGCACUCCUGAGAGCGUCAACAACACACUGAUGACUCCUAAACCUGUCAGAGCACUCAUCUGUGGGGAGAAGGGAGGCUCAUCUGUUGUAAAGUACAAGAUCACAGCAACUCCUGGUGGCCCUCAAAGUCAACAGAAGCAACGGGCCCGGGUCAAUGGCCAGGAGGUUCGCUUCUUCACCCCAGUUAGACGCUCAGUGCGAAUCGAGAGAGCCUCACUCCUGUACCCCGCGUCCCUCCAGGAUCAUGAUCUCUGUGUGGCCUCCUACGGUGACCUGAUCUCCAAGGAGGAUAAAGAGAGAAGUGAAGAGCAGAAGGGUUGGGAAACCAGCCCGUCACCUAACAACACGCCGAUGUACGUCUACAGAGAGAACGAAGCCCUCAAAGACAAGGUGUCGGUGCAGCUAGUCUGUGAUGAAGGCUUUUAGCUUCAGGUGCUUCUUUUCACAAAAGAUACAAUUCAAAUGUUCAUCGUUUGUCAGCGAUCAUAUAGCAGGAAGAAAAAAAAUCUGAAUGUAUGUGCAUAGUUUGGUAUUGUCUUAUCUCACCCUGACACUGAAAUGGUAUGUAAACCUGAUAGUUUAGCUGUUUUAUAAAGUCAUGUAUUUCCCCCACUUGCUUAUGUUCCCGGUGUUAUUUUAUUACUUCAAAUAAUAUGGUGUACAUAGUCAUGUAAAAUAAAUAGCUGGGUUUUUUUUUUUUU